GCCUCCCAAUAAACGCCAUCUCCCAGAGUGCAGCUUGUUCUGUUCUUGUGAUGGCUGAAUGGUGCAAGCCCGUGGGUAGAGUGAAGGGAGUGCUGUUGGAUAUUUGUGGGGUUCUGUAUGAAAGUGGGGAUGGAGGAGGGGUCCCCAUUGUAGGUUCCGUGGAAGCGGUUAAAAGACUCAAAGAAGCCAGCCUACAAGUGCGUUUCUGUACCAAUGAAACGCAAGCUACCCGGGAAAAGUUUAUAAAGAAAUUGCAGAACCUGGGGUUUGAUAUCACGGUGGAUGAAGUCUUUUCUCCUGCCCCUGCUGUUUGUCAAGUUCUGAAGGAACGUGGACUAAGACCUCAUCUUCUGGUACAUGAUGGUCUUCAACCAGAGUUUGACCAGAUUGACCAGUCAAAUCCCAACUGUGUGGUGGUUGGAGAUGCUGCAGAAUAUUUUACUUACAAGAACAUGAAUGAGGCUUUUCAAAUUCUAAUGGGGCUAGAAAAACCUAUCCUGAUUUCACUUGGCAGAGGGCGAUAUUAUAAGGAAACAGAUGGGAUGAAACUUGAUGUUGGAGCUUACAUGAAGGCCUUGGAGUAUGCCUGUGAUAUUGAAGCUGAAGUUGUCGGCAAGCCAGCAGAAAUGUUUUUCUUGUCCGCUUUAUCUGAUAUGGGCUUGGAACCAGAUCAGGUCAUCAUGAUUGGGGAUGAUAUUGUGUAUGAUGUAGGUGGAGCCCAGCAGUGCGGUAUGAAGGCUGUCCAAGUGAGGACAGGCAAAUACAGACCAUGUGAUGAACAGCACCCAACUGUGAAAGCUGAUGGGUAUGUAAACAACUUGGCGCAAGCAGUCACAAUUCUUCUUGAUCACUUACAUUAGUAACUUGAACGUCAGUGCCCAAGAAUCAUCUGGUGAUCAACAAAAGAUGGCAGGUCAACCUAAUCUACUGUCUGGCAAAAUGAAGGAAGUUAACAUUUGAUGUUAUGUAGUCACAGAAUUAACACUAUCCUGUAGGGGUUUAUAGUUUACACUAGACGAUAAAUACUUGAUUAUAAAACUGUGUACAAUUUGGUAUACUGUUGGUAUAAACUCCAAGGAUUCACUUGUGUACAGUCUUAUAAACUGAUAAAAUAUCAGAUCGUCUGUAUAUGUUACUGUAACACUGUCAAUAAAGAUGAUUUUAAUCCGA